UUUCGUUCAGUACAAUUUCAGUUGUCUGUGUCAAGUUCGCAUAAUGCCAAUACCUGACUGAAACAGCAAUUCUUUUAAAGUUCUCGAGAACCCAAAUUGCGGCCAAAUUGCGUAGUCACUACCCCACGCGUUCUUUCACCAUGCCGGAAUAUCUAGUCAGACUCGUGCAAAUGCACGAGAGCUUUCGCAAAGCGGAGCUUGAAGCACUAGCUGAACUCGCUGGCGCAGAGAUCGAGUUUGUUAGAUAUGAUGAAGAUUCACCAUUCUGCAUUGUACGGCUCCCUUCCGAUGCGGCCGCUAAGGCUGUCAUAUCACGGAGUAUUCUCUCACAAGGCAUUCACGAGCUCUGGGGACAAGGCUCUGACUACGACUCUUUGCAUGCGUCUGUACGCGAAAAAUCUUCGCAUCUCUGGCAGAAAUAUCACGACGUAUCAUUUCGCUUCACCCUGGACUGCUAUCGAGGAACAAGAGAACUAUCUGAAAAUCGCCGCAUCAUCGAAUCAUUCUCCUACUUGGAUUUCCAAGGACCAAUCCGAAUGAGAGAAGCCGAGGCCGAAUUUCGAGUCUUUGAAGACUACCAAUUCAACGCUUCAACACCACAUACCCUAUUUCUAGGUCGUUUCGUUGCGAGUAGUGGAAGACUGGCAAAAACGACAUACGAUCUGAAGAAACGACAUUACAUCAGCACAACAUCAAUGGAUGCCGAACUAGCCCUCGUGACUGCCAACAUUGCCCUCGCAGCACCGGGUAAAUUGUUUUAUGAUCCAUUCAUGGGAACAGGUGGCUUCCCGAUUGCCUCAGCACACUUCGGAGCGGUCGUGUGCGGCAGUGACAUCGACGGCCGAAGCAUUCGCGGCACUGGAGGAAGUUCGAGGAAGGGACAAGUUGGCAAGAGAGACGUAGCGGGGAACUUCAAGCAGUAUGGCACUCAAGGCAGAUACCUGGGCGGCUUCGUAUCCGAUCUCACAAAUACACCACUACGACUCCAUGGAAUUGAAGGUGGCUACCUGGACGGUAUCAUAAGUGACCCACCAUACGGCAUCCGCGAAGGCUUAAAAGUGCUUGGUUCCCGAGAGAAACUAGGCGAUGUUGAACGUGCAACACAUCGGGAUCGAUUCAAGGAACCGACAUACAUUCCCCCAAAGAGACCGUACUCCUUCAUAGCAAUGCUCGAUGACAUACUUGAUUUCGCGGUCAAAACACUAGUCGUGGGUGGGAGAUUGAGUAUAUGGAUGCCGACAGCAAACGAUGAGGAUAUCGAGCUCAUGAUACCGACCAAUCCGUACCUCGAGAUCGUGAGCGUUUGUGUGCAGCCGUUCAACAAGUGGAGCAGGAGACUGUUGACGUAUAAGAGGUUAAGAGAUGAGGAUGUGCCCCCAGAAGCAAUUGAGAGGAAACGAAAAGAAUACGAGUCUGGGGUACGUGCAGAUGAUCUGAAUGUGUUCAGGAGGAAGUAUUUCGAGGGUUUCAAGGAAUAUGUAGAAUUGAAACGGGAAGCUCAAGGAAGCGUUGAACAACAAUCUGGAAAACCAGACGUCGGGGACGAUACAGUUCAGUAG